UUUUUUACUGCCGUGAUAAUUAGUUUCUACACAAGAUGGCUGAAAAUUCGAUUGAGGACAUUUUCCUAGCAGAAAAAGUUGUGGAUUCAGGAUUUGGACAGCAAGAUGGAAAGAGGUAUUAUAAAAUUAAAUGGGUUCGUUAUACUUGGGAAGCUGAAGACUCCUUGGAUCAUAUGAAAGAAUUAUUGGAUUUAUUUUGGUCGGAGCACAGUGGAGUACAAAAUGGUAAAGAUAAAAGUACCACAGGGGAAAGUGUUGAACAAGAGAAGAAUAAAAAUAAGUCUGAGGGUAAUGCGUCUGAGGUGAAUUCUGCCAAAGCAGAUGAAGUAGAAGAGACUAAUCCUGAAAGUGGUCUUGCUGUGAGUGUUUUGUUAAAAGAAGACGACAACAGUCAAAUGCAAGCUAUGCCCGUGUCUACAGAUGUAGAUAGUUUAACACAUUCAAUUACCCAAAGUAUAUCAUCGACUGUGGACGACAGUAACUUGGCGUCUAAAGUCGUGAAGUAUAUAACUUUACAGAAGCAUACGUGCGAUGUGUGUCUACGUUCUUACGGAUCCGCCCAAUCCUUAAAAACGCACAUUAAAUCACAUCACCAAGAAAAAUCCUUCCAGUGUGAAACAUGCCUUAAGAGCUUUUCAGAACGGUCAACUUUAAAACGCCACAUGUAUAUUCAUUUGGAAGAAAAACCAUUUAAAUGCGACCACUGUGAGAGAGCCUUUAGCGAUAAAUCCACACUGAGAAGACAUAUCAUCACACACACUGGCGCAAAAAGAUUCCAGUGUCCUAGUUGUAACAAGCGAUUUACACGCAACGAACACUUGCGACAACAUAUGUACAUUCACACUGCGGAAAAGUUGUACAAGUGCGAAGUGUGUAAUAAAGAUUUUCGGCAGCGUUCCACACUUAAAAAUCACAUGUUGUUGCACCGUGCUGAGAAUGGCUACAAAUGCGAUUCGUGCGGGGCGUUGUUUUCCCGCCAACAACAGUAUGAUAAGCAUGUGUUAUGGUGCAAUGGAAGUUUAGAGGGCGGCUUUAAGUGUGAUCUUUGUGAUAAACCUUUUCAGGAUCGCAAUAGUUUAAAGCGGCAUAUCCUAAUUCAUUCUGGCGAACGUCCAUUCAAGUGUGACCAUUGCGAUCAGUCGUUUAAUGAUCGCUCCAUACUUCGUCGACACGUGUUCACACACAUUGAGAAAAAACCUUUUCAAUGUCAACUUUGUCGUAAAGAAUUUAUACGUAAAGCUUCUCUUGUUUCGCACUUGUCGUCGCAACAUGCUGGAGAAGCCGGGCAACCUGUUUACGAGUUGGUCCAAUCAUUAGGCUAUAACUUAAAUGAAGGUAUUUCAUUGGAUAACGAGACGCUCAAUCAGCAAGUUCGAUUUGUUAUUCAGGAACCAAAUGCAACCGAAAACCCGAUUAGCCAAGUUGAAGUUUCGUCCGUUGAGAAUGAUGGUGUUUCCAUGCUCGCCCACGCUGUUUGUGAUAUUCCGCCAACUGUUUUAACGAGUAUGGAAAAUAAACCGGAUGUCGAAGAAAAUAAUAUAGACCAAAACCAAGAGAUACAGAUGCAAAUGGACGAAGACCUGCAACCAGGAGAUAACCAGUUACUACAAGUCCAAAUUAUUCAAAUGGACGAUGGAAACCAGUUCGUACAAUCCAUACAAGCUAUAGUUCAGGAACACGACGAAGAAACUUUCGAACAUUCAGAUUUAGUUGUGACUGAAAACAUUGUAGUGGAACAAGCAUCCAUUGAAAGGAGACAGACACCCCAGGAAGAGAACACUGAUCAAUCUCUACCUGAUGAUCAUCCUUUGUCUGAUGCAGAAGCAGAUCAAGAAGUUUCGGCCGCAAUAAGUGAUACCCUGGUUUCUACGAGUGAUGAUUAUAGUGAAAAAAAUAUGGACAUUGAAAGUGUUUAAAACGGAGAGUGACCGCAUAACCAUAUACACCGCAAAAGCUUGAUCAAACGCGUCCAUGAUUAAAUACACCAGCCUUAAAUAAAUCCCUGGCAAAAAUUUUUAAUUUUAAUUAACGUCGGGACCCUGCAAUUACCGAUGCGAACGCCGACCUGUAAACAAAAGUGAUUCGCGUCGGCAAAUGUUUGCCGAUAGUUAUUGUUAUAAUGAACUCUGCCUUACAUAAACACCCCUUGGAAACGCCCAGAGGUUUUUUGUGUGCGCGUUUACGAUAUAAGUAGAUGUAUUUUUUUCAUGCGUAUGCGCUUCAUAUUUUUUCUUCCUUUAAACAUGCUGGUUCAGAAAGGUAAAAUUAUCUGUAAUUUCAUGCGUCGUCUCAUUUGUUACUUACUUCAUUUUCUUACGUCACAAUGUUAAUUUUAUAUUCUGUAUGUCAAACAAACCUUAUAAUAUCCAUUCUGAAAAAAUAGAGUUAAUUUAUAAUUCUUGACUUUUGAAUGUGUGCGCCACCCUACCGCGUUUGGACGUUUUUAAAGAAACUAAGGUUGAGAACAUGAGUAGUUGUAACUGCUAACUCGCGAAAUUGCGAAAAAAAGC